AUGGGCAUGCUGCGCAAAAAGCUGCCGAAGAAACCUUUGUGUCGACCUCUAGAUCAGAUGGACCUCGAUUGUACCAAAGCUCAGGUCCAGAAAGUCCACAAAGAAGCCCUAAAAACAGCGGCUACGGCGGAUCGGAUCAUGAGGGCGAAGGGAGCUCGCUCUUUGGAACGAAGGUCCAAGUGGGCGCAUAGGCGAGCGAAUCCAGACAAAAAUGCAACUCCUCCCCUUCCACCAGACACGAAUCCGUCCGCAGAUCCGAACUUCUCUUUCGUGUCAUCAUUGAAAGCAAAGUCCUCAAGCAAUCCUAGCGCGUCGCAAUCUUCGAAGCCAUGGUGGAGGAGAAUCUUCAAGUUUCGCAGAUCUUCCGAGAAGUCUUGCGAACCAAUGUUUUCUUCGCCAACCCGCGCGCAUUCCAUCCAGGAACCCGUCAUACCUUUAUGCGUUUCGUGUUCUCAAGCAGCAAAUUUAGUUCGGCCUGAACCACGCUCCGCAACCUUGGAAGCCCCGGAAGAGGGAGCACACAGCCCAAAAUACUGGAUGGAUUACGAGAAGAGGACUGCACAAGAAAACCAGCCCCUAAUAACCAGCGUUAUGCAAUCUCCAAACGAGGCUCACCGCUCUCAGUACCCGCGUUUCAGGGUGCUGUCCGCCGGGACAAAGAACGGUGAGCCCUUCACCACAGUCUUGCCAGACACCGAUCAACUCAACAAUCAGUCUUCCGCAGUCUUGAAUGACCAAAUGGCGGAGACAAGAAAUCACGAGCAAGGUGUUCAAAGUACUUUGUUGCCAGACGCAUCUAGCGAGCACCAAGCGUCUUCGAUGCGUCAUCCAGCAGCUGAGUUGGGUCUAGGGAACGUAUCAAGGCCAAAUGUUCCACAGAAGGUAGAGGACUUCAACCCAGACGCCUCGACGCAUCUCGAAGGAUCCCACAAUCCUUCGAUUGGAGCACCCCUGUGUCCGACAAAAUCUUAUUCAACAUUCAUUACAAACCCUUACUUAGGUUUACCCAUACACUCGUAUCAUUCAACAGGAAGGGAUGCAGUCGGACAAGCUCUAUUGGACGAUCCUUACUCUAAUGUACGCGUACAUUCGGAUGAAUUGACAAGAAGAGAUGCAUUCGAACAAGAUCCGUUAGACGAUCAGUACUCACCGCUGUCUAGUGCAGACUCUCACUUCGCAAUCCCGAUAAAACGAAGGAAAGACUCUGCUUCCGCUACCCCGCCGCAACGACGCAAUCAGAACACGGCCAACGUCACAGCGCCGCCUCCACCGGACGUCGAACGAAAAGACUUGUAG